AGAGCUCCUCGUCCUGUCUGCGCCGCUCUCUGUUCAGCGCAUUCACCGCCGUGCACGCUCGUCACCCUCCGCUCACCGGUAUCCCCGUCUUCGCAUCACCACCGCUGUGCUACUCAGCCAUCGUCAACCUUGUCCUGUCUGUCCACCCUCCAUCCUCCUCCGGACAUCUCCUGCUCCGCUCCUGUCCUCCGUCUGCUGCGUGCACACUCGACCUCCGGUAUCGCCAUCCUUAUCCAGAACAAUCCCGCCCAUCUCGUCCAUCUGCGGAUGAGAGGCAACCGCCACCAAGACCGCAGAACAGACGAGCGACAUGUUUUCCGAAUAUGCCUCGCGCUUUCUCGCGCAGUCACAGUCACGCCUUGCUCUCGACGAGCAAUCAGCAGCUUCACCUAACCACAAGAACACCACCGAUGCCGCCGCAGACUCCACAACGAUGAGUACGAACCGGCGGUACACACGCCCUUCCGCAGGUAGCAGACUAGCCACCAGGAGCUAUCUACAACGGCCGAGCAUGCUAGGAAGCAGCACGAAUCCGUACCACCACGCCGGAGGCUCCCAGUUUGUCUCUCGCUUCCCCUUCGCGUCUCGGCACCAGGUUCGAGAGGCGCCGCUUUUCUACAGCGCAACAGACGAAUUCCGGGAAGAGGACGACGCUGAGGAGCGGGAAAGGGAGGUUGCCGAUUACUACGCUUUGCAGCGGAGCCGACGCCACUUCAGCGUGGAAAAGCUCUCGGAGUCGAGCGAGAUGGAUGACGACGACGGACCGGGAACGGACGAGGAGGAAGGUGCGGCAGCGGGUGAAAAUGCACUAAGCUAUGCGUACAAGAGUGGCAGAGGAAUCCGCAGUUCGUGGCGCGGAGACCGGCGGAGGGAGCGAAGGAGGCCGCUUGCUUCCACAGUUCGGGAAUCGGUCCUGGAGAAGCCAGGCGCCGAGGACGGCCAGGAGAGCAGCAUGAGCAAGAGCGGCAGAGGGAAGCUUGUCGACGUUGAGCUGGCAUCCUCGCGACGGAGUAGUCUAGACUCGAUCGACCAUCAGGAGGCUGCCUCGGCAACACGAGAUGAAGCCGACAGCCAGCCCGCGCCCUUUCAGACUUUCAGGAAGUCCUCCGGUGCUGGUGGAAUACCACGCGAGCAUCGCUGGAUAGCGGAGGAGACGGACGACGAAACAUCACGUCUAAAUCCGCGGCCCCCGAGUCCCGAUCGUGAGAGCGUUCCCGACGUCGUUACCAGCGAGCACCUGGAGCCACCGCGUCACGACUGGUUUUGGGCCCAGCUGUUCUGGAUCUGCCUCGCUUCCUUGUUUGCAACGUCACUGCUCGUGUAUCUGCACACGGAUGAGCCAUCCGUGGGCACGCCCAUCGGCGACAGCAUUUAUGCCGUCUUAUACAAGAGCUAUCACUUACUAGGAGUCGACACGCUGAUUGCGCUCAUCGUCUCUGCCGUAUGGCUCGCCCUCCUGCGCUCCUUUAUCCGACCGCUAACCUUCCUCACGAUGAUCGCCGUGCCCGUGGUCCUGUUCAGCUUUUCGCUGUAUACCCUUGUGUCCAGUUACAAGGGAUUCUGGCAUGGGACCCGCUUCCAGGACAAAGCCAUGCGCGUCCUCUCGCUCGCGCCCAUGGCCGCCACGUUCACGUGGUGCUAUUUGGCCUAUAAAUCGCGUUACUCUCUUGACCGAGCCAUCCAGAUUCUCGAAUUUGCCUGCAAGAUCUUGACCGCAUCGCCAGCGCUCGCCGCGCUAGGAUUCCUGGUGCAGGCUGCAACCGUGCUGUGGUUCUGGAUCUGGGUGUUGCUGUUCACCCGUGUCAACCUCGAGGGCCACUUCGCAGGCGGGCUUUGGCGACUGGAUGCCAGUGCCUGGUGGCUCAACGUCUACUUUGCCCUCAUGCUCUUGUGGGUGCUGUCCGUCAUCUCCGGCUUACAGCGAGCAAUUGCCGCGGCGACGACGAGCCAGUGGUACUUUCAUCGCAACGUGCAGCCUGCGCCUAGCAGUCGCCAGGUCGUACUUGCAUCGUUCGCUCAUGCGACGUCUACGCUGUUUGGCACAAUCUGCGAGCAGACAUUCCUCGUCGUCGCCGUGCGUUUGCCUAUUCUACUGCUGCCUCGGCGACUCGUCACCGCGUUUUCCAUCUGUCUUUACAGCAUCAUACCAUCGCCCAUUGCGGCCCUCACCAAUCCGCUCACGCUUACGUAUGCGGCCAUUCACUCUCAGCCGCUCACGGUGGCAGCGCGGCAGCUGAGCAACCUGCCGUUUAUCUCGCGAACAGAAGCAACCACCACGCUCACGCCCACAACGGCAAACGCCCCUCCUUCGGACACGCUGACGCAGUACCGCACCGCGAAGCUCAUCCUUCACGCAACGCGCUACAUGAUGACGCUAGCUAUGGGCCUCGGCGCUUGGGUGUCGACGUCGCGCUCCUCUCACUUGACUCCGGACUACACCGGUUCGCUGUAUGCAUAUGUUGUUGGCCUGGGUGCCGCAGCCGUUGGUUGGAGUGUCUUUGGCGCUGUUGAGAAUGUGGUAGUGGGCGUUGUGGACGCCCUGGUCGUGUGCUGGGCUAGCGAGAUGGCCAGCGGCAGCGGGGGAGCGAGAUAUUGCAGGGAAGCCGGCGAGCUGUUUGGAGAGCAGAAGUGGGGAAGGGGAGACGUGAGAGUGUAGACGUUCUGUCACGUAGGAGACCAUCACUUCCUGCGUUUUGCAUGUGAGAGACGGCUCCGGCAGCACGGGAACAUGGUGUACCGUGUCUUGUACUAUCUUGACCAUGGCGAUUCUUUUUUUUUUUUCUCUGCAUUGCGCUGUUUGUCUUGGGAGGCUGAUAUCCAUACAUUGCAAAUCUUGAUUCUAUACGAGACCUCGACGGGUCUUCUCUUUUUGUCUCCGUCAUAACUCACAUACCUCAUCUUGGCUCGCCGCCAGUGUUGAAUCUCAGAUGACCUUGUCCGCCAG